AUGGCAAGCGUAGCCCCGGAAGCAAAGGCCUACCUCGGCCAUCUCUUGAACCGCACACUGCACAUCCACACUUCGGAUGGGCGAAUGUUCGUCGGCCAGAUGAAGUGCACCGACAACGAGAGGAACAUCAUCCUUGCCAUGACCCACGAGUACCGCGAGCCCUCCAGAUCUGAUAUCGAGCGCGCUGCGGCAAGACACGAGAGCAAGGGCAAGGAAGGGAACGUGAACGUGGACAUGAAGAAAAGAUUCGUCGGUCUCGUGGUCAUUCCUGGACAGUAUAUCACCAAGAUUGAGUUGGAAAGCUACGUAUGA